GUAUGUUUACACUAGUGCGUUUUUUCUUGCGUUAGACGCAUGCGUCAUAGCGCACCACGAGUUGCACGAAAAAGCUUGCAAUAACGCAUGCCCUUUCGAAUUCAACGGCAACAUUUUCGUGACGCACGCUUAAGCGCAAGGACUUCCGCGCUCAGUGGGAAUCCGUUCAACACGCCGUGCAUUUUAGCCACUUACCUAUUAUUUUGAGCCAUUACUUUAAAUACCUAUUUGUUUUUUAUUAAAAAAUGGCUGAAAGUGAAGACCAAAACCAAACAUCACGUUUCAUUGAAGAAUACAGAUCGUUUCCGCUACUGUGGGAUGCCAAUCAUAAAUGGUACACUAACAAAAUUAAAAGAAACGAUGCCAUUGUCGCGAUCGGCACAACAUUUAACAUGGACGUGGCAGCUGUAAAAUCUAAAAUAAAAAGCUUGCGAUCAUACUUUUCUAAAGAACGACAAAAAGUACUUAAAAAAAAAUCUGGUUCCGGAACGGAAGAAAAUUAUUCUUCCUCAUGGUUUGCAUAUAACUCGCUGCUUUUUAUUUCUGAUUCAACAACACCAAGGGAAACUAGGGAUAGCGAGGAAGAUGGUAACCCGACAACAAGUAUUAGUAAUAAUGAAAACGAUCUACAAGAUGAAGAAAUAUGUGACAAUCUGCAAAAUACUACAACUAAUGAUUAUGAAUUCAUACAACCCAUAAGGGCAAAGAGGAAUUUAAAAAAAAGUUUUCGAAAUGAAAGAGAAGAUGAGGCUUACAAAUUUAUGAAAAAAGCAGCUCACGAAAUAUCGGCAAAAGAUGAAUUUUGUACAUUUGGCACUUUUGUAGUAGAUAAUGUAAAGAUAAAGCUUAAACCCAUCAACCAAAUUUUGGCUAAACGUCAGAUUACCAAUAUGCUUAUGGAUUUACAAAUUAAAGAAGUGGAAACAUGUGAAAGACAACGUUUGAUAACUGAAUCGUCAGACACCUCAACUGGGACAUUUAAUAGUGAUACCCAGUCUUUUACAAUUGACGAGUCUUCAAAUCUUGCAGUGAACACAGUUCAUCACUUGACUUCACAUGACAACAUAAACGACUCGUUCCGUAUCGGUGAAUAUUUAUCAUUCAGUACAGCCAAUAAUGACAUUUAAUGUGCCUACAUUUUUUCAUUCUCAUUUUUUAAUGUAAUAAAAAGACCUACCUAUGUGUAUUUAAUAUUAAAAUGUUUCCUAUGCUCUACUUAUUGUUAGUUAUGAUAAGAAAAUAUUUAAAACGUAUAAAAGUAUUAA